AUGAAAAAGACAACUCCAGCCAAUCUCUCCGUUGACGACGCUAUCUACAACUCGACAAAGGCAAGCUCCUUCUUAUUACACAUGCUGGUGAUGACGGAACCUCACCAAAUUAAAGCAAAUGAAAUUGUAAAGGAUGCUUAUGAAGAAUGCUUACAAUUAAAGGAAUACCUCUCAGAGUAUCUUUGGACAGAAAGUGAUUCUGAAGGCAUCAACACCAUUCAAGCCUCCUUGGAUGAACUUAAUAAAGCCUUGGACAAGUAUGAAAUGACAAACGAUAUUGUCGAAGGAGAAUGGUAA